CCCACACACACCCACACGCCCACAUGAGCAACUACGACUACGGGAACUACAGCAUCAGCGACUACACUCCACCCGGCGCCACACAAAACUAUUCAGGGUAUUAUUUCUGCGCACUCAACAAGCCGCCCAAGUUCGAGCGUUUCUACUAGAGCGUUUUCCCCGCCCCCCAUAAGAUAAAUAGGGUAAUAUAAAUAUACAUAUAUAUAUAUAUAUAUAUACAUACAUACAUGCAAAUAUAGGUAGCAUCUACCAGGUACACGCCCAGGAACACAGUUCAUGAAAACGGAACAAAUUCGAUCCUUGCAAACACAUACACUUUUUCAUUGGUUUCAGCAAAGAACGUAUAUUAGGGGUACUCUUGAAACAGUUUUUGAUAAUUAGCUUAGAUUUCCUUGCUCUAAAUUGAACCACAAAUCAAAAUUAUUUCGGAUUGUUUAUGUUGUAAAAUGGUUAACGGUUAACAGUAAGUCCAAGUCCCGCGCCCCCCCCAGAAUGCAGUUUAAAAUGCUCAAAUUGAUGUUUCUGUUCGGAUCGACGCGGAUAAUUAAACAAAGAUAACAACGGAUCCGUAUCCGGGAUUCGGUCCUAGCCCUAAGUGCUUCACUGUACAUACAUAUACAUAUACAUAUGUAUUUAUUAAAUUCGCAUAGCAUUCAUAUAUAGUACAUUCGUACGCAAGUAAGGUAGUUGAAAAACACGCAUAAAUCUAUUCAAACAAAAUUAGCCAACGAAGUAGACAUUAAGUCGGAGUAAGAAUUACCACAUCAAACACUCACAACACAGCAGCACCCAAAACGUGAAAUUAACAUACACACACACACACACACACUUAAAGUUUAAUCAUAUAGUUUUAGUGUUUAAGCGUACAUUUAGGACAGGUGCUUUGAUUGAUCUAAGCCAACGUUUCGUUUGCGUAUACCGAAGCAAAUUAUGAAUAAAUAUCGAAAAGUAUUUAUAAAGUUAUUACAACGGAUAUAUCAAAAUGAGUACCCACACUAUUUUUGUUUGACAGCUACGCUUGUCACAGCCCGUCAGCUUUGCUUCAAAUGAAUUGUGUUACACUGCAAUGGCAAACAAUUCUUCUAUCAGCGAAUCUGAGUGCAAAAGCUGUAUGCAAAUCACUCUGUCCUUGGGCUUGAGCCUGGUGCUACAGUAUCUUAGUGCUACGUCAGAGAUGGAACAGCCCGAGACGCACCGCCCUCAACCUGUGCCGCGGGACACGAAAAUGGCAAAAGGUUCGGUGGCCCCGGCCAGCCGAAAACAUCCGCGCAAUCAACUGAGGGAGAACCAAAUGGGACACUUCUACAAGUGCCUUUAUUGCCCGAAAGUGUUCCAAAGCCGCUAUGACCGCAAUGCACAUCAGAAGGGUCACCAGGAAAAAGAGAAUAUCCUGAAGUUCGGAUGUGCGUGGAAACGUUGCUCCAGCAGCUUCGAAACCGAACGCAACUUGUGGAAACACCAACGCAUGAAGGGACACCACUGCUGGACAAUUUGCUGCUGGCGCUGCAAAUUGCCUUUCCCGAAUUUCAAAUCGCAAAUGGCUCACACAAAAUCAAAGCGAUGCAUUGGUAGGGCAGAGGGAGGAGGCGUAACCAAAAGAAACAAACUAUUUUAAUGGCAGUGAACAGAAAAUGCAUUUUCAAAAAAUAUUAUCAACUAAAUAAACGGCCUCCGUGUCGCCGCCGCAUAGCAGCCGCGUGCCAUUUAUAUCGAAGGAAUUGACGGACUUGCGAAU